AUGGAGGUUACUACAUCAGCGCCAGAGACUACUCUGACGCCAGACGUCAUAACCGACAAGAUGCCGCUGCGCCGGAUCGAUGCCCUCCGGCAGGCCUUGCAGCAACUCAUCAACCAACAACAGUCCAGUGGAGCGGUGUCAGAUACCUACUCCCUCGUCACCUUUUCCAACUCCACCUAUCAGGCUCGAAUACUUUGCCGCCGUGCCUCCGAUGUCAAAGAGGCGCUGAGCAGGCCAGAGGAUUUCCAGCCGUCUGGGCACAUACACUAUGAGUCGCUGGUGAAUGCCUUGCCGCAGUUUUUGGCGCCUGGGAACAAAGUUCAGGUGGUGUUCUUGUCCGAUGGCUGCCCGUCAGCGCUACAAGCGCACGUUCUCCCAGAGCUUCAGCUGCUUGCAGCGAAGCAUUUGGGCUUGACGAUCCACACAGUUGGGCUUGGACUGUGUGACUUCAUGAUUCUUCAGCAAGUUUUGCAAAUUGGCCGAGGGACAUUUAGCCAAGCGAGUUAUGAAAUGGACAACCUGGUCAACACAUUCACCACCCUCAGCCAUACCAUCACUGUCACACGCCAGAUUGCCCGCAAUGAGCGGACUGUGCGUGCUGUUGCGUUCGACAGUGCUCGACGGUACGGCAAGACACCUGUAUUUGCAUUGAAGCGCUGGAGCGAGGCAGAGCGUGUCAAGUUCACACUCGCGCACGGCACGUUGAAAGAAGUGGGCCGCAAGAAGUGCCUUGUUGCCAUGCACCAGAACCCAAUCAUGCAAGGUGCCAUGCGCGUGGUGCAUCAUUUCAGGGAUACGCGCAAGAAGGCUCCUAUGGUUGCCAAGUUCUCCAAGUUUGUGGAGCAUGACGACUCACUGGACUAUGUCAGGCUGUUUGUCAAGAACACGUUGCAGACCCGCAUGUUGGCACACUCCUUCCAGCAUGCUCUGGCGGAGGCCUUUCAGCACAAAGCCGGCCGAGCUCGCGAAAGGCGACGGCAGAGCCAACUCCAAAAGCUUGGCAUCCGCAAAGCUCCAGAGGCCCGAGUGCCGCAGCUUGUGUGCUGCACUCGGUGCUUCGUGUACCAAGGUGCAGUCAAAGGCGCGCCUUCCAACGUUUUCAUCGCGGAGGAGUUCCUGAGGGGCUCCGCGGAGCAGGGCUUCGUGAAGUGGAUCAACAACCGCGGGAGAUUUUGGUGCCGGCGAGCAGCGCGAACUACAGCAUGGCGCCGGAGGCCUUUGCGCAUUUCUGCCUGGACUCCACGCAUGGUCGAAUGA